GAUAAUAAACCAUUCGUACAAGACCAUCUUUUAAAUUCCAAUAAAACUAAUUAAUAUUUAUUUAAUAAAUUAAUAUUAAAUUAAGUGUCUGUUUUAUGUUCUCAAGAAGAUUAGACUGAAUUUAUUUUAUUGUUCAUAAUGGAUUUUACAAAAUAUUUACGAAAUUCAAAAACGUUUUUUAUUGCUGAAAUUGGACAAAAUCAUCAAGGCUGCUUAGAAACAGCAAAAAAGCUAAUAAAAACAGCAAAGGACUGUGGAGCAGACUGUGCGAAGUUUCAGAAAACAGCAUUAAAGGAGAAAUUUAAUCGUGGUGCUUUACGUAGACCAUACAGCUCCCCACAUUCAUUUGGAACAACUUAUGGAGAACAUAAAGAGUUUUUGGAAUUUAGCGAAGAACAAUUUAAAGAGUUACAAGCAUUCGCAAAAUCAAUUGAUAUUUUAUUGAGUGCAUCUGCUAUGGACAUGAAAUCUCUUGAGUUUUUAAUCAGCAGUGAGGUCCCGUUUAUUAAAAUUGGAUCUGGGGAUGCUAAUAAUUUUAUACUGAUUGAAAGAGCUGCACAAAGUGGAUUAUUUUUAAUCAUAUCGACUGGUAUGCAGUCAUUUGAAACAGUCAAGACUAUCUACAACAUUGUAUCGAAAUACCACAAAAACUUUGCUCUAUUGCAUUGUGUAUCAUCAUAUCCUACGCCGGUCGCUGAAAUAAAUCUAAGUGUUAUAGAUUUAUACAAGGAGCACUUUCCAGACGUUUUCAUUGGUUAUUCCGGACAUGAGCUUGGUACUCAUAUAACCGCAGCAGCUGUAGCUUUGGGUGCAAAGAUUAUAGAAAGACACAUUACGUUAGAUAAAACUCAAAAAGGAUCUGACCACAGCUGUUCUUUAAAUCCCACCGAAUUGCAGACCAUAAUCCAUAACAUUAGAGCUAUUGAGUUAGCUAUGGGGGUUCCUAUUAAAAGAUUGCAGGAAUCUGAAAAAAGUUGCUACGAAAAACUUGGCAAGUCUUUAGUAUUUACCAAAAAUUUGCAAAAAGGUCAUAAACUGACAUUAGAAGAUUUAAAUGUGAAGGUAGCUGAACCAAAAGGGUUGGAUGGUUGUUUGUUACAUGAUGUGGUUGGAAAAAUAUUAGUUGUAGAUGGCCAUGAAGAUGAACCAGUUUUAUUAAAUGAUUUUGAAAAAAUGCCUAUCAAGUAGUGUUUGCAUUGUGAAAUACAAUCUCCUAGUACUCUA